UCCCACCCCCCCUUAAAAACAAGGCAGCUUUUACACUCACCUGAGCAAGAAGCACUGCACCCACCUCUUUCCUACCUCAUUGCUUCGUUCAAGCAAGUGAGGGGACUGCUCCUUGGUGAAAAUGGAGAGCAAAGAAGCCCCUGGGAAAGAAAGCAUAGGAGCCAAGAGGAAGAAUUUGACCUUCUUGAAACACCGGCUGUACAUGCUGGAGAGACGAAAGACAGACACUCUUGUGGAGAGCAGCGUUCCUGUGGACCAUAGUAGCUCUGGCACUUUGAGGAGGAGCCAGUCUGACAGGACAGAAUACAGCCAGAAAUUACAAGAGAAGAUGGCACCACCACAGAUUGGGCCCUCAUCAUCCAUAACUGCACCACAAGAAAGUGAAGAGCAGCUGAACACAAGGAUGAUGGCCAAGAGAGUGAAAAUCAUUGCUGAAUUAAUGCAGACAGAAAAAGACUAUCUCAAUGACCUGGAGCUGUCCAUCAGAGAAGUGGUUCAACCACUGAGAAACAAAGAGAUUGGUAGGUUUGACGUGGAUGGCUUGUUUAGCAACAUUGAAUCAGUCCAUCAAAUAUCAGCCAAACUGCUGUCUUUGUUGGAAGAAGCCACAGCAGACGUGCAACCAACCAUGCAAGUAAUUGGGGAAGUGUUCUUGCAGAUUAAAGGCCCACUAGAAGACACAUAUAAAAUAUAUUGCUAUCACCACGACGAGGCACACACCAUGCUGGAAUCCUAUGAAAAGGAUGAAGAACUGAAGCAGCAUUUAAGACACUGUGUACAGUCCUUAAAAAAAAUAUACGAGAAACAAGGAAAACCAAAUUUGAUGGACAUGGGAUCCCUGAUGAUCAAACCUAUACAGCGUGUGAUGAAAUAUCCCUUGUUACUCUGUGAGCUCUUGAAUUCAACUCCUGCUUCCCACCCAGAUCACAAGGCACUGCAAGGUGCCCUUGCUGCUGUGAAAGACAUUAACGUGAACAUCAAUGAACUAAAAAGGAGGAAAGAUUUAGUGCUGAAGUAUAAGAAGAAUGAUGAAGAUGAAUCUCUUAAAGAGAAGUUUUCAAGGCUGAAUAUUCACUCCAUCAGCAAGAAAUCCAAAAGGGUUACUAGCCAUCUGAAACUUUUGACAAGAGGAGAACGUCAGGUGAGAGACCAAACUUUUAAUAAGGAGGAAAAACUAUUUAGAUGUUUAGAAAAAACUGUGAAAUUCUGUGUGAAGAAUAUUUCACUUUCUCUACAACAUCUACAAGACUCCAUGCUUCUAGCUGCACAGAGUAUAAGUGAACUUCAAGAUAUUUUACAUGACAAAAGCGACGAAGAAAAUGACUAUUCAGAAAGGCUGAGUAACACCGGAAACCCUUAUAAAAGCUUUGUGGAUCAACUGGACAAGCUGGUUUUGAGCCCUCUGUCAGGUCUACAGACCUUAUUUCCAGGGCCACAGAAGCUGAUCCAAAAGCGUUAUGACAAGUUGCUGGAUUACAACAGCUCUCUUCAAAGGUCAGCAGGAGAAGAGCUGGAUCUGGCAAAGAAGGAGUAUGAAGCUCUCAAUGCACAGCUUGUGGAAGAGCUUCAGGUGUUUAACCAGGCAGCCAAGCAGAUUGUGGUGAACUGCCUGCAUUGCUUCAUCACUCUCCUCAGACAAAUAAUGUGCACAGCUCUACAGUUGUAUUCUGCUGUGGUGGUGCUUGUUCCACUGUCUUCCUCAAGUAUCUCUGGAGUACAGAAUCAGGUGAUGGAAGAAGUUCAAAAGCUGAAUUUUGUAAAAGAUAACACCACCACCACCUUCAUUGAGAGAAAACUCAGCUUUGAAAAGAAGAAACCUGGCCCUUCUCUGCCUGAAUCUCCACGCCAAACAGAAAGCCACAGGUCUAAGCUAUUAUCUACAUAUGGUGCAGAAUCACUUUACCAAGCUAAGCGCAAAUGCAAUGCCACACAGGAAUUUGAUAUUGAUUUAUAUGAGGGGGAACUGGUGGCUGUUGUGGAGCAAAAGGACCCCUUUGGAAGUACGAGCAGGUGGCUUGUUGACACAGGAAUUCUUAAAGGGUAUGUGUAUUCCUCCUUCCUGAAGCUCUACAAUCCAGCCAAGGUGCAGAAGGAUGUUGCAGAGAACAGUUUCUGUGAUGAUGAUUUUGAUAACAUCAGCCUUUUUGUUUCUUCACGGCUUCCCAAUGACAGCAGCACAAAAAACCCAGGACAUAAGAGGAGUGACAGCAGCUCAUCUUCUCACAGCCAAUCUGAAAAGCCUACCAUUAAUGGGACAGGGACAGAUAGUUUUCGUGAUAUGGAUGAUCAACAUACUUUCUAUGCUGUGUAUGCAUUCCAAGCAAGAAGCGAUCAGGAACUGAGUCUUCAAGAGUACCAGCGGGUUCGGAUACUGCAGUUUUCUGACUUGAGUGGCAAUAAGGAAUGGUGGUUAGCAGAAGCCAAAGGACAGAAAGGCUAUGUACCAGCUAAUUAUCUUGGCAAGAUGACAUAUGCUUAGGAACCGAAGAGGCAGAACUAGUUUCUCUGAAAAAAUUCCUCAGUCUGGAUAAUAAUCUAUUUCAGUUUACAGCAAGCAAGGUGAACGUGUAAGUGAUGGACAUCAGCCAUGAUAGCUGGAAAGGCAUGUAGAUGUUCCUGAGAACUUCCAUACUCAAAGGGCCAUCACCUUGUCAAAACCUGAGGCAGAGAACAUUAACAGGAAGCCACUCUGAUGAAUGUCCUGAAGGACUUGCUAUUUUAUUACCCAUUCAUUUGUGUUUUUUAUGAAGUGCUGUACUAAGUCAGGAUUUAGCGCACAAUUACAAAUCACCACUAAGCUUAUACUUUUGUAGGGCUGCUACCUCCAUGGCCUUUAGAAAAUAAUAGUAGAGCCCAUGAGAAUUAACCUCGGAAAAGUACAGUUCUAUGGGGAUGCUACAGUUCAUACUGAGCUGGCUCUGCCAUCCUAUCUUUAGAUACUUACACAUUUCUCAGAGCUUUUGCUUUGGGACUGAAAUAUCAUGUACCUAACUGUAUCCCAAGUGAGGUUUGUAAUGAAGAUUUACAAAAAGUCAAUGGGGCUAUUUUUGAAUGAUCAGAGGUAGAAAAAUAGGUUUUUCCUGGUUUAAGAAGUCUGGUUUUUUGUGGUUGGUGACUCAAAAAGACUGUUUUAAAGCUUAAAUUGUGGCAGGUACAAACUCCUUAAUAGGAAAGGAACUCUAUGCUAAAAUUGAAAAACCUAAAAGUAGAUUAGAAAUAGGAAUCUUCUGAAAAUUACAUGCGUAGCCUGUAUGAUGUGUAACCUUCUAUACCAAUGUAAAUAUGCACCAGAUUUGAAUCUCCAUAUGUAUAUUUUUAGCUAGAUAACUGUGCACUGGGCAUGUCUACAUGUACAGUUUAAUGCACACUAGCCUAUUUUAC